AUGAAAGAUUGGGUCUCACCUAUGUACAUGUUCUUCCACCCAGAGCCACGCAUUGUUGUCAUUGGCAGACAGCAUGCAUACAAGUUCAAGUGCUAUGCACAAUCCACUGGAAAUAUGCGCAAGCAUGUGAAGGUAUGCUGGGGUGAUGAUGUCCUUGCAGCCGCUGAUGAUGCAAAGGAUGCCAAUGAGGCGCGCACCAAGAUAGUUGGAGGUAUCCUACACAAUGGGUCAAUCACUGUGUCAUUCGAGCGCAAGGGGAAAGGAAAGGUCACAUACUCUCACCAUCAAAAUAUGAAGGCCAAAACACAAGGACCAGAAUACUACAUACCAUCACCAUCAACUGAAUAUCCAGGGAAACUCAACUUUACAACAGAUGGUUGGACUGCCAUGAACCAUCAGGCAUUUGUGGCUGUUUCAGCACACUUGGAACACAAUGGGAAGCCGCUAAGUCUUCCAUUAGAUAUCAUCAAAGUUGCAAAGGUUUGA